AUGGGGGCCAUAGACUCAGAGAUGGGAGAGCCAUCUUGCCUGACUUUCCACUUUCCUCAUUUCCUCCGUGUUCCCCGGUCCCUUCUUUCCACCACAUGCCUCCCCGCUGGCCUCCCUCCAUCCUCUCCUCAGCCUGGACCUCCCCCUCCCUCCGCCCCUCCCCGUGGCCUCCAAGGGUGCGUGUGUGUGACACUGGCGGGACCCCUCUUUCCCCUGCUUUUGUGUCUGCGCCUCUCUCUCCCUUUCCCUCCUCCUCUCUCCCCGCUCCCUCCAUCCUUUUCUCUCUCCUUUCCUCCUCUCCCUCUCUGCCUCUCUGUCUCUCUCCGUGCCGCCUCUCACACCCGUUCUCUCUCUUACACACAUGUAUACACACACUCCCUCAUUCUCUUCUCAUCUUCUUUUUACCGUCUCCCCUCCAUCCUUUUCUCUCUCCCUCGGUCUCCCCUCCCCUCCUCUCCCGGCUCCUCGUCUCUUCCUCUUUCCUCCCCGGCUCCUUGGGACUCUCCCCAGGGCUCACACCCCUUCUCUCUCCGCUUGCUUCUCUCCCGUCUCCUCCCCUCCCUCUCGGGUCUGUCUCCUGAGCGGUUCUCUCCCCCCUUCGCCCCAUCUCUUCUCUCCUCCAGCCUCCCUGUCUCCCUCUUUUCUUUCUCCCCCUCCUGCAUCUCUGCCCGUGGCUUUCUCUCCUGUCUCCCUUCUACUUUCUGUCUUGUUUCCUCCUCUGCCUCUCACCGUUUUUCUACUUGCUCCCUUCCUCCUCCCCGCUCCAGUUCGCCCCUUUUUUCUCUCGUCUUUCAAAACCACUUGCCUCUUCCUCUCCUCCUUCCCCUCCUCGGGUCUCAAUGCCGCCUCCUCCCUCUUCCUUCCGUUUCCUCUUCCGUCUUCUCAUUCUCCUGCUCCUCCCCUCUGUGCCCCUGGCCGCCCCGUCUCUCCUCUCCCCUCCCUCUGUUCCUUUCCUCUCCCCUCUUUCCUUCUUCCUCCUCCUUUCUCUCCGACCCUCUCCCUUCUCGUCCCCGCCCCGUCCCUCCCCACACCUGUCUUUUCCUUGUUUCUCCCCUCUCUGCCCCCUUCUCUCGGGGCCUCCCUCUGUCUCUGUUCCUCCCAUUUCUCUGCCUAUUCUCCCCUCUGAGUGGCCCCCUCUCUCCUCCUUCUAUUUGCCCUGCCCUUCCUCUCCCCUCCUCACAUCCGUCUCCUCUCCUCUCCUCGCUGAAUCUUUCCUUCUCAUCCCUCCUCUUUCUCACUCUCCAGUUUCUCUUUUUCUAGCCCCACGCACCUUCUUUCAGUCUCUCUCCUUCUUUCCUUCCUCUCCUCUCCCCAUCUGUCGUCUCAUCUCCUCUCUCUCUCUCUGUCUCGGGAGGCCCCUGCCCUGCCCAGCACCUCCUCCCCCGUGCGUUGCCCUGAGGGCUCCAGGGGCCCGUCUCUCCCUUUCCCUCUCCUGCCCUUGGGGCUCUGAGGUUUCCAGGUUCUGCGCAGAUGGCGGAGUCGACCCAGGGAGCCCAGGGCCGGGCUGUCAAGCCACAGUCCCCGAGGUGGAAGGACCUUUGUGACACCCAUUUUCUCUCUUUUUCUGUCUGCCCUGGACUCUGGACAUCUGCCUGGAGGGAUCAAGUCUGCCCCAGGUGCAGGAAGGACGAAGCGAGGAACAGACUCAGAGGCGGGGAGCAAGCUGCCUAAAGAUUCACAGCGCGCAGCGUGAAGCACAGCAGCAGCUGGGAGCACCUCACACGACCCCACUUCACGAUGAGAAAAUAGGCACCUGGUGUUCCUGAGGACCAGCAUCUGCUAAGACAGAGACUUCAUGGGAACCCCAACCUUCCCAAAGGAUCGACAGUGCCCCCUCUAGGGCCCUUCUCUCCACUAAGAUGGACCACAUGGGUCAGCACGAUGCCUGACCUCCCCCAGUACCGCCUGAGAGGCAUUCUCAGACUGGGUGUCAUCUUCCAUCGCCACCUACUGUCAAAAGACAAAACUGCAACCCAGCUCUAAUAAACACUGGGAAUGACCCCGACAAAAAAGGACAGUGCCAGGGGGUGGCAGAGGGGCUGGGGGAGAGGAGAGGGAGAAUUUGCAAAAUUCUGUAAAAAUUAAAAACUUUACUCCUAACCAAUACAUAAACAUCAUACUCAGCAAG